AUGGCAUUUUUUGAUUGGGAGACAUAUUCAAAAAAUACAGAAUCUGAAGCUCUUUCAAUGGGACAUAUAAAUGAAGAGUUAGGAGAGAGUUUCGAAUUUGAAAAUAUGUAUGAUGGAUUAGGGGAAAUAUUAGAAGAAACAAAAGAUGAUAUGAAUGAAGAUACGUUUGGAGUAAAUGUGGAAGAUGUUGGAAGAGAUUUUGAUUUUUCAACAAACACGCAAAAAAUGGCAGAUAUAAUAAAUAAAGAACAAGCUUUUUAUAAGAAAAAGGAUAAGAUAAUAGAAAAAACAUCAGAUACAGAAUCUCUGCCUGUUGGAAAAGAAAAUGAGAAAAUUUCAGAUAUUCAGUAUGUUCCAUAUGUUUCAAAGGAAACAACUCAUUGGAGAGAACCAUAUUCCAAUAUGAGAAAUUUGGAAUAUUCUUUAAAGUUACAAACGCCCUCUCUUUCUGAAACAUCUACAUAUACCAAUGAAUCCAGAAAAAAGCAUUUUAAAGGAUAUAUUAGUUUAGAAGAAGUGGAAGCACAAUUUUUUGAAGAUAAUAAAAGGAAUUCUAAUGAAUCAGCUCAAGAUAAUAUGCUUAGUAAGGAAUUUUUAAAUACAAUUCUUAAUACAGAAACAAAAAAAAAUAUAGGAUUUUUAGAACAUGCAAAUUCUGGAAGAGAAUCAUCUAGAUAUGACUUUAAUACUAAUUCAGAGUUACAAUAUUCCGAUCUAUUUAAAGACAAAAAAUAUAAAAAAAUAAAUGAAACAAAACUAUUUCAUCAUAAUCAAGACACAAAUGAUAUGUCUCAAUAUGAUGGACUUAUGAAUGAGUCAGAUAAAAAUUUUAUUAAUCGUAUACAACUUUCUCAACUUGUUUCAGAUGAUCCAUAUUCAGAUGAUUUUUAUUAUUAUUCGUACAAUUCUUUAAAAAACAAGAAUAAUCAACAGAAAUUACCGGAUAAACCUAACUCAUUAUAUUCAUUACAAGAUAAACAAUCCCUUAAUUUUAAGAAUAAAAAUAAUGAAAAUCCUAUAUUAAAAAUACAGCAACAAAUACAAAAUAUUGUAGCUGCAGGAAAAGUAAGACCAAAAGCAACUCAACUUAGUUUGGAAGGUGCAUUGGGGAAAAUAUCUUUUAGCACUGUUAGAACUCCACGACAAAUUCUUAGCGUUAAAAAACCUUCAGAUAGUACUGAAAAAAAUAAUAUUAAGACAUGUCAUAUAAAUAUUCAAAGAAAUCAUAAAUUUUAUCUUUAUUCAAUCGAAAAAGUUUAUGAUUGUUUGUUAGAAAUUGAUGAGAUAUUGCGAAAACAGAAGCAGACUAAACAAGAAAAUUGCCGGGCUAUAGAUGAUAAUGAACAGAACAAAAAAAUUAUGUUAUUAAAAGAACAAAUUUUAGAAAGUCUUCAUAUAACGGAACCAAUUCCUAGAAACCCUAAUAUUGUUCACCCAUUUAUAUCGAUUAUAUCAUAUAAUAAAGGAAAAAAACUAAUACCACGAAUAUUCGAAUAUAUCAACAGCGAACAAAAGCUAACUAUUUUGACUAUGAUCACCAUAUAUUUGGAUCAUCUUGAUGUUGUUGUAUACGAUUUGUAUAAUUUUUCAAAUGAAUCACGUCCAGAAUAUAUAAAAGAAAAUAUUGAUACAUUUACGCAAGUAGCAUUACCAUCAUUACUUGCAUAUGUAUCCGAAGCUUCCUUGCAAAUUAUAAUUGAACUAUUAAGCAUCAUGUUAGAAAGAAUGAAUUUACAAAUGAUAGCAAUAACUAAAAUUGGUCUUUCAUUUCUUACAAUGUUUAUUAGUCGUGCAGAAAUUAUAAAACAAUCUGGACAAGCUGACGAAUCUGAUUUAAAACAAUGGAGAAAAAUUUAUGAUUUGAUGUUUUCAAAAUUAAUAGGUCGAUUUAUUUAUAUUUUUCCACCAUCUUUAUCCUUUUCUGAUGAAAUAUAUCCAUGGCAGUUUAUGGCUGCAUGCGCUAUUUCAUCUACACUUGAACAACAACACAUUCUAGUCACUGAAGUUCGAGAAAAAGUUAUGGAUAAUGUUAUAUCAAGUAAACAUCUUCCUCCAGACAUUGCUGCAAUUAAACUAGGAAACGUUAAUCUAUUCUUACAUGCACUAGGACUAGAUAUUGAGCAACUUAAUAUAUAAUAUUUUACUGACUAGUUAUUUAAUACUACAUAUAUUUAUAUAAUUUUAUAAAUAUUUCCA